ACUGAUGAAUUUUAAGGGAAAGGGAGACCAACGAGAGACAGACCCACUGUGUCAAGUAACACAGACACAGAGACGUGUUUACAGUUUCCUGCUGCUCGCUGACUGAAAACUUGCAAUGAUUGAUGAGUCACCGUUAGCAAUGGUAAGACCAUCUGCAGGUUUUGUUCUGGAAAUAAUGAAAGCAUUGAAAAAAUACUAGUAUGAAGCCCCAGUCUGUCCAGAAAUCCAGGUUAACAACUAAGCAGUUGCAGAUUCUUCUGGUCCUUGGCUCCUCAAUCAUUGUCCUGCUGCUGUUGGGGCUCUGUUUGCAUUUCAUCUCUUCUGGAGCUUUUGACCCUUGGGCUGUAGGGAUCAACACAGCAUCACCACGGCAAGGUAUCUUGGCUCCUCCUCCGUGCCUCUCCCAGGCCUGCCUGAAGGCUGCAGAGCGACUUUCUGCCUCAGCAGACCCCUUCGCCCAACCGUGCGACCACUUCCUGUUCAACUGUGGGCCAAAGGAAGUCCUAUCAUCCGGGGGGAGAGAAAAGCGCAGAGGCGAGGCUGAGGGCCAGAGUGGGAGGAUGCAGGGGGAGAGAUGGAGCAACAGAGGCAGAAAUGCAGGCAGAGCAAGAGAAACAGAGACAUUCGCAGUGACACCAUCUGUCCAGUCAGCUCAAAGGACAGCAGUACUGCAGCUGAUAAGGGAGAUUUUAGAAUCCACGGACAGACCAGGGUCAGAGGACUCAGCUGAGCAGAAGGCCAGGAGGUUCUACAGCACAUGCAUGGAUACAGAGAGGAUAGAAAAGGCUGGACCAGAACCAUUUCUGAAACUCAUAGAGAAGCUGGGAGGCUGGGCAGUAUUUGGAAAAUGGAAUCGAAGGGACUUCAAUGCAACUCUUUCUCUCCUGAUGAAAGAUUACUUCACUUUCCCAUUUUUCAACAUUUAUGUGGGAAGCGGCCCCAGUGACAACAAUACAGGGCAUCAGCAGAAAUACAUACAGAUUGACCAGCCUGAUAUUCAAAUCCCUGUCGAAUGGAUAAGCAAGAAACCAAUACCCAUAAGUCGAAAAAAAAAAGUUCAGGAUCUGCGUCACUUCCUGUUGUCUCGGGUCCAACUCCUCAGUCUUUUGGGGGUGCCUUCCAGCAGUACCAGCCAGCACAUGGGCAUGUUCAUCCAGUUGUCCUCUGAGUUGGCCCAGUUCACCUCACCCCUGCUGUACCGCCUGCAGCACCAGCUGUUAUACCAUCGGCUGACUGUGGGGGAGCUGCAGGCUCAGGCCCCCGCCAUCGAUUGGCUGGGCUGCCUGCAGGCUUCUUUUCACCCCCUGACUGUCCGUGAAUCCGACGUUGUUUACCUCCACAAUCUGCCAUACAUCACCCACAUGUCUAAAAUUAUCCGAAAAUGGUGGUUCACUAAGAAAUUUAGUCACAGUGACACUCUUCACACUUUCAUGAUCCUCAGUCUCUUAAACACAGUCAUACCAGCACUGGAUUCCAGAUUUUUUGAAAUCCAAAGGAAUUUCUCUGCAGUGCUGGGAAACAUGGAGGAGGUUGUGCCCCGCUGGAGCCACUGUGUUCAGCAGACAGAGAUAGGAUUUAACACGGUGCUCCAAAACUUGAUAAGAGAGAGGGUUGGAGUGGCUGAGGCUGAAGACCUGAUGCAUUCUGUGUACUCUUCUCUGAAAUCAGAGCUAGCAGACCUUCCAUGGAGAAAUCAGAAUCCUUCCAUUUUGCACAAGGUUAUGUCCCUGAGUCCAAGACUUUCGCCAUACACAGAAUUCACCACUAAAGAAAAACUCGAUGAACAAUAUUCAAAUGUCGUUAUAAUAGAAGGUGACUACUUCUCCAACUAUCUGCAGUCGCUCAUUCUCCAACGGAAGAACCGAAACAAGGUUUUCUCACACAUGUCAAUUUCCAAUACCUUGGCAGUUACUCCACAUCUUACAGGCAAUGAGAUCCACUUCCCCUUGGGAAUGUUCCUUCCACCACUCUUCCAUGCUUCUUUCCCUAGGGCUGUCAACUACGCAGUGCUCGGGAUGCUGAUGGCUAAGGAUAUUUUACAUCUCCUCAUGCCACACAUCCAGGCCCAGAGUCAGGCUCCAGAGACAGUGAGUCAGUGCGUCUGGGCGCUGUAUGGUAACCUGACUGGGGGCCCAGACAGGGCUCAGCAGGCCCCAAUAACGCCUGCCCAGCGCUGGGAGACGUGGGCUCAGUACUCAGCCCUCCAGAUUGCGCUGCAGGCCUAUCAGGAUUCACUCACACAGCUGGAGGAUACAUCUUUGUCUGGCCUCUAUCACAAUCGGCUGUUCUUUGCAGCCUUUUUGCAGGUCAGCUGUGACUUUGAGCUGCAUUAUGAUCACCUGCCAUUUGCAGACUCUUUCCUGCUUGCCACCAUCUGCAUGAAGUCUGAUUUUUGCCCCCAGUCCAUGAUUUGCUCCCACAAUAUCCCUGAACAUUUCAAACAAAGCUGUUGAUUACUCAUGAUACUCAUUUUAUUUUGAAUAUAUACAGCUGUAGUUACAUAAAGCUGUUCAGAAUGUAUAAAAGUACCUGUCCACUGAAGAUUUGUUAUAAUUUAAUAUUAAUAAGUUGCCUAUUUCUGUUAA